AUGAACAUAUAUUUGGUUGAUGAGGGAAAAUACAAGUGCCAUGACUUUGUGAGAGAACAUAAUCAUGAGCUUCAUACUACAUCAACAGUUCAUAUGAUGCGUUCACAAAGGAAUAUGUUAGACAUACAUAGGUAUGAAAUUGAUUUGGCAGAUGACUCGGGAAUCAGGCCUAGAUCCACAGUUGAGUUGAUGGGUAGGCAUGCUGGUGGGAUUGAAAACCUAAGCUAUAUGACUCAAGAUGUUAGGAAUUAUCUUCGCACUAAAAGACAACGUGCCUUAACAUAUGGUGAAGCAGGUAGUUUGAUGAAGUACUUUGUUACCCAAACUAGGAACAACCCAUCUUUCACAUACUCAUUUCAGCUGGAUAGUGAAGAACAAAUAACUAACAUAUUUUGGGCUGAUCCAAAGAUGAUCAUUGACUACACACAAUUUGGAGAUGUAGUCAGCUUUGACACUACAUUUCGCACCAACAAAGAGUGUAGGCCGUUUGGGUUGUUUGCUGGAUUCAAUCAUCAUAGAGGGUGCACCGUAUUCAGGGCUGCACUUUUAUAUGAUGAGACAGUGGAAUCUUUCAAAUGGUUGUUUGAGGUAUUUGCUGAAGCACAUGGUGGAAAGAAGCCUAUAACUAUCUUCACGGACCAAGACAAAGCUAUGGCUAGAGCAUUAAAAGAAAUGUGGCCUCAGACAUGGCACGGAUUGUGUACUUGGCACUUAAUGCAGAAUGGCAUUACGCAUUUGGGUCAUAUGAUGAAGGAUGGCUCUCAUUUUCUUACAAAUUUAAAGAAAUGCAUAUACGAAUACGAUGUGGAAGAUGAAUUCGAGACAGCAUGGUUUAAUUUGUUGGACGAGUAUGAUGUUAAGAAUAAUGAAUGGUUGCAGCGCAUAUAUGGGCUUAAAAGUCAAUGGGCGAGGUGUUAUGUGAAAAAUACAUUCACAAUAGGCAUUCGAAGUACACAGCUCAGUGAGAGUCUCAACAGUGACUUGAAGGACUAUUUGAAGUCAACUUUGGAUGUUGUGCAAUUUUUUAAACACUUUGAGAGAGUUCUUAACCAGAAGCGUGGUAAUGAAUUAAAAGCAGAAUUUGAUGCACGGAACAAGAUGCCACGACUUGCAAAUUCAAUGUCUAUUGUACAGAAACAAGUUGGGGAACUCUACACUCCUGUUAUUUUUCAGUUAUUUCAAGAGGAAUACAAUUGGAUGACUGUUUGCACCAUUAUAAGUCGAACUGAUGGGAAUCCCUACAUUUAUUUUCGGGUUGGGAUUUAUGAAGCAGACUGUGAGUAUAAAGUAUGUUGUAACCCACUUCAAGGAAUUGUAGCAUGCUCUUGCAUGAAUUCGAGACUGAUGGUAUUCUGUGUUGUCAUUGUUUGA